AUGUCGGCAGAAGGCGGAGCCAGCGAGUCCAAAUCUGUUGACAGAGCAGACGAAGACGUUGUCAUGCCGGGUGAUGUCCAGCAACGAACGCCUAUGGAAACCAGUUCUUCACGAGAACCCGAACAGGCGUCUCCGCCAAGUCCCGCGAGGCGCGACAGCGACGCCGGCGCCCACUCUAGCGUGACGCCAACGGUGCCGUUGCACGCUGAGGAGCGCACGUCACCUCGACAGGACCAAACUGGUGCAGGAACCGAUGCGACUGCGAUUGCAAGCACGGCACCAAGUCCCGGGGGAGCGAAUGCGUCCGGGUUGCCGGAUCCUCAAGAACUGGAGCUUGCCGCAGCACGCAAGAGAAGACGACAGUGGUUGUACAGCCAGGAGCGCAAUGACCCUGAGGAGGCUUUCCAGCGUGAGCGUCCGUUCUUGCAGCACGUUCCGCUUGCGGCAACGGCGGCUGGCGCAACGGAAUCGGUACCCGAAGCACUCCUGUGCCAGUUACGACGUAAUCCAUACGGAGACUCGCGGGCGUCGGCGUUAGCCUAUACCUUGGGCCUGGGCGGGCGUUUACUCCUUCACUCUACUGCGCUUUAUUGUCGUCGAAUGACAGGAAUGUGGGGCGAAUCCCCAAAGGGUCGAUGUAUUCAGCGAGUCUGCGCUCGCAAAAUCGACGCAGAAACUGGAACAGUUCUCUACUGGUGCGGCAUCCGUGCGAACGAGGACGCGGGAGACUCCACGAACACCGAUUCCGUGACCUGGCGAUGGCUGCGUCGUCGAACGCUCGCGCGACUCGCUCCGGAAAAGUUGCUGGACUUUGACCGUCGACACCCGGAGACACCGCACAUUGCGCGCCUCGAGACACUCAAGCAGCAAGGCAAGGUCCGCUACACGCGGGAGGCGCUCGACCCCUGCCUUGUUCGUUUGCAAAUAGCGCACGGGCGCCUGAAUCUGGAUAUUUAUGCGAGCCAUGUCGAAAUUACGCUACCGGACACGCACUUGCGUCCAUACCGUCCGACGUUACAUCUGGCGGGCAAAGUUUGCGCGCUGCCGUCAACAGACUCGAGCGCUUUAUCGUCUUUGAUGACGGAACCAGCGUCCCGAUUCUACGCUCGAUUGCGACACUCGCUUGCAAAGUCGCUUGGAAACGGGGCAGAUGACUCGCACCCGUAG